AGGUUAUGGACGGAUCAAUCUUUUUUACAGCUGUAUAUAAACUGUUUACACCAGAGAAUGAUCCCACAGAACCAGGAUCUCUAUAAACCUUUUCAAUUAAUUUUGCUCGCUCCAUUGGUAUACAGUUUCGUAGGAAUCCUGACGUAACACACUGGUUCGCAACUGUAAUGCUUCUGGUGUAUUUAAUGCAAGGUCUAUGAAUAAAUAACCAAAGGGUGAUCGAUUUAUAGCAGAUUUAUAUAUAUUUACAAAUUCUUUAUUUUUUCCGAAAACUUGUCGCCCCAGAAUCUCUACUUGUCCAAGAUCCCUCAUUUUAAAUAAAGCAAAAUGUGUGGCGUUUAAAGCCAUGGUACGACUAUAUCGUCCUCCGUGAAAUAUAUUUUGAGUAAUCAGAAUAAUGCUUAUAUUAUGAUGUCUACCUUUAGUAAAACAUUCAAGAAUAAUUUCACUGUUACCAGCUUUUAAAAAUAGAUCAUCAACAAUAAUUAUUGUAUUUUCAUCGGAUGAUGCAAUGACAUUCUGCGGGUCGAUAAUAUCUUUACUUAAUGUUAAUUUAUGAGAUAUCUCUGAAUCUUGUUCUAAGGGUGUGAUGUCACCCCGCAUAUUAUAAUGUUAUGAAAUUUCUCAUGGUAUAACUUUAAUAAUUUUGAUGUGAAAUAAGAUUUGCCACUAUUCGAAUAACCGGCAAUGAUAAUCCUUGAUGGAUAACGAAAUAUAUCAACGUCAGCAGAUGUGUAUGUUGUCAAGUUCAUUGUACUGUCGAGAGAGAUUAUGUUUACCAUAGAGAGGUGACUUGUACACUGUAAGUGUUAAUGGGUUUUCAAGAUAUAUAACAGCUAAGUUAAUGUGGAGUAACCUCCUGUUGCGGAGCGGGACUGCCUCACCAAAAUUAGUUACUUUAGGGUGCCGAUUGACACGGAUGUUCGGUAAGGAGAUACGUAAUGACCGUGUGAUUUUCUACCUUGGAUGUGAACCGCAUUUCAUGGCGUCUGUCUGACCUGAGUUGAUGCAGGUGUUCGGUAAGGAGAUGAUUAUCUUAAAUCUACCUUGGGUGUGAACCGCAUUACAUGGUGUCGUCGGAGGGGGAAGGGGUGUACAAAAAUCAUGACGCAAUACUUUGGGGUGACCCAUAUAAGGUCAAGGAGUCUCUCAGAGCGAGGAUUGUGUUUCCAUCCGUCAAGCCGGCUGACCUCAUCUUCCAACGCUGAACCGCACAUCAUGGAGAAAGGUAAGUUGUACUUAGAAAAUCUUGAUAUGUGGUGAAACAGAUAUUAUUUAACAUGUUUAAUGAUAUAACGAGGAAAAAAUGUUUUGGGUUAAUUUUUGUUGUUGGAGCAUACGAGUGAAAUUUUUACUGGGUUAGUGCGUUAAUAAGUGAAAUUCUUAACAGAGGAUAAGAAAAGAAUAUACGCGAAUUACUUGGAAGCAUUAGUGAAGAGGAGAUUGUCGAUUAGAAGGCGACGAUCGUUGGAAAUCAAGAAAGGUGGUGUACAUCGCAAUGAGAGGUUGUUAGAAUUGAAGAAUGAGUGGGAACGCAUAGAUGUAUUAUGGAAGAAGGCUGUAGAAACAGGAAAUACACCUGGUACUGUUGUGAAUCAAACUGAGAGUAAUGUUGCACAGCUUGGAGGUAUGCCGGGGAAUGAAGAUGAGAGUGCAGGUAGAUCUGCUAGUGUUGGUACCUCACAACGCGGAGAUGCGGUGGGAGGUGUGGAUACUUCUGUCCCCAUUAAUGAAGAUGAUGAGAGAGCAACUACUUCACAUGACGUGUCUGACAGUAAUGACGCACACAUUAGUGGAGGUGAAGAUGAGAGUCCAGAAAUUAUUACAUACAUCCAGAAUUUUAGAGGUAGGCAUACAGUGAGGAAAUAUAGUGUUCCUUCAACUUACAACAGGGAGUUAAGAAUGUAUUUACAUGCUUAUAGGGAUUAUUUUAUAGAUCAGAUGCGAGAUAUGUAUGAUAGAUCACCUCUAGCAAUGUCGCUCAGAAUCCACCCAAUUAUAGUUAUAAGGACAUUACGUCAAAACAUAUCGGGUGAUGAACAAAAUGGACAAUUUGUGAUAAAUUUAGCGUUUGAGUUAGUAAGUGAAGAGGAAAUCUCUGAAGUAUUUGAUCGAUGGGUGGGAACGAUAUUAGAAAGAUACGAGACAGAGUUGCAAGAUCAGGAAGGAUCUGGUUGGAUCAUAGAUCAAAUCGAAUCUUUCAGUAUCGAGUACGUUAAAGUAGAAUUCAGAGUACAAGUAGGAUCAUAUGUGGCAUAUCCCAAGAAACUGCGAGGGAGCCAAUAUGUAUUUAAUCCAGUGAUUAAUGAUGGGUUGUGUGUACUGCGUGCUUUUGCUGCCUAUCAAUGUCAUAAUAAGAAUAUGUCAUGGAAACAUAUUCGCAGAGCAGUUAAUACUAAGGAAAGAUGUCUUAAUCAUGCAAAAUCUUCUGUAGAUGAUUUCCCCAUUACGCGUGAUAAGUUAGGUAUAUUAGAGAAGGAAAAUAGUGUCAUUAUAUGUUUAUCAAUUAAGAAAGGAUCAAGGUGGGACAUUUAUGGCUAUGUGUCGUAAGGGGAAUAAGAAAUAUAAGGACAUCAUGUGUGCGUUAUUGUUGAAUGAAAGUCAUUUGGUUUUAAUCAAAGAUUUUGACGGGUAUGUUAGAACGAUAAUGAAGGAUCGUGAUGUAAAGAAGCACUGUCAUAGUUGUUUGAUGAAGUUGAAUACACAGGAAGAGUUAGAUAUCCACGAAGAUGGAUGUAAAAUCAAUCAGAUUCUCGUAUUCCUCCGGAAGGAACAACAGUACACUUUAAAAAUUUUAGUCAUACACAUUCCAGCGAAUAUAUCGGUGUAUUUGAUUUCGAAUGUGCAUUAGACACCACUCUCCCGGCAGGUAAAAUUGAGUCUCGUCAUAAAGCCAUUGCCUAUUGUUAUAUUAUAUUUGAUCGCAAAGGAGAAAUAGUGUGUAUGAAGAGUUAUAAGGGGGAGGAUGCUGUUAAUCAUUUCAUUUUAAAUGUUAGUGGUGAAUGGGAUAAAAUAAAGUUUAGAAGAGAGUAUCAUGUAAUCCAUAUGACAGAGGAGGAUAAGAUGAGACAUGAUUCUCAGAUCACUUGUGAAUUAUGUAGUAACACCUUCAAAAAUGCCCAAGACAAACAUAAACAUCAUGACCACACUUUAAAUUUCAAUAAUUAUAUUGGAGCCUAUUGUGCUCGUUGUAAUUUGCAGUGUAAAGAUAAGAAUGAGAAAUUAUUACUUUUUUGUCAUAACAUGUCGUAUGAUUUAGGAAUAAUUUUAAAGGAAUUGCAGGUUGAUAAAUAUGAAAUUAAACUUCAUUCGAAACAAGGGUUCAAAUUCUUGAAAGUAGACAUAGGUAAGGUUAGGUUUCAAGAUUCUCUGUCUUUAUUGAAUGGAUCUCUUUCCACGUUAGCAGAUCAACAUAUCAAGGCAGGUAAAUCCCUGAAAUAUACAGAGGCUAUUCUGAAAGAUGCGCCUCGGGAUGUCUUACCUUUAUUAUGUAAAGGAAAACAAGUUUUGUGCUAUGAUUAUAUUGAUAGUUUAAAGAAACUCGAUGAAACAAAAUUACCGAGUAAAGAACAUUUUUUUAAUUCUUUGAGAAAUAGUGCUAUUACCCAGGAAGAUUAUGAACAUGCAUUGAAAGUGUUUGACUUGGGUAAAUGUAAGACUUUAGGAGAUUACUUGAUGUUAUAUCUCAAGACAGAUGUUGGAUUGUUAGCCGAUGUCUUCAUGGAGUGGCGUAAAAUACUCAGAUAUUUAUAAGCUAGACGUUAGUAAUUAUGUAAGUUUACCAUCAUUCAGUUGGGAUGCAUUCCUCUUGAAAACUAAUGUGAAAUUAGAUAUGAUAUAUUCCCAUGAAUUAUAUGACUUCAUUAAAAGGAAUCUCAGAGGAGGGUUUACGUGUGCAAUUAAUCAGUAUUCUAAAGCAGAUAAUCCCUUAAUUAACCCUAAUUUUGAUGAUGAGAGUGGAAUGGGCACUCAUAUUUUAUAUCUAGAUUUUAAUUCUUUGUAUGCUAGUGCGAUGGUUGAAGCUCUUCCACAGAAUGGUAUCAGAAAAUUAUCGAAUGAGGAGAAGAAUGCUUUCCUCGAUGUGGGAUUAAGUAAUGUUUCCUGUGAAGGUCAAAAGGGAUAUUGGAUAGAAUGUGAUACCAAGCACAUGUCCCCCGAGGUAGCUAGGCGCACUGAUGAACUUCCUUUGAUAUUAUCACACAUGAAUAUAUCAGAAGAGAUGUUAUCUCCUUAUUGUGAAUCUAUAUUGAAAAAUGAAGGUAGAAAGAUCCCCAAAUCUAAUGCGAAAUUAGUGGCCAGUCAUUUACCUCAGAAAAAUUAUUUGAUCAGUCUAGAUUUGUUACAGUUAUUACUGGAACUUGGGUUAGAGGUGGAAAAGGUUCAUACCAUAUAUGAAUAUACUCAGUCAAAAUUUUUAGAAUCUUUCAUAACAACUAAUAUUGCACAGAGAACAGCUACAAGAUGUCCUAUCAAGUCAAAAGCCUUCAAAUUAACUAAUAACGCCAUAUAUGGGAAAUCAUUGUUGAAUAUUACAAAGUAUGCUGAAUAUUAUAGUUAUAUCAAUAAUGAGAAAGCAUUUGUUAGAGCGAGUAAAGAUCCUUUCUUAAAAAAUAUCACACAUUUGAAUCAAGACAGAGUGAUUUGUACAUUCAACAAAGAGAAAUUAGAAGUUAAACAACCACUUUAUCUCGGUUUUCAAAUUCUUGAGAUUGCUAAAAAGAAAUUGUAUAAUUUUUGGUAUAAAGUUUUAAAACAACAUUAUGGUGAAGAUGUAAGACUUCUUUAUACCGAUACUGACUCGUAUAUUUUUAGCUUGAAAUGUAAAGAUUUGUACACCGAGUUAAAAAGUGAACCUUUGUUAGGAUAUAUGGAUUUUUCAAAUUUCAGUCCUGAUCAUAGUAGAUAAUAGUAGAAAAGGUGAGCUGGGGUUAUUGAAAUCUGAAAUGUGUGAUAAACAUAUUAGUGAGUUGAUAGCACUGAAAGCUAAAAUGUAUUCUGUCAAGAUUGCUGGAAGAUCAACUACUGUCAGCAGAGCCAAGGGUAUCCCUUCACAUUUUAUGCCAUUAUUAACUCAUGCAAGAUAUAAGAAUGUUUUAUCAAAUGUAGAUAGAGAAUUAUUCACGUGUAAGUCUAUAAGUAACGUAAAAGGUGAAAUAUGUACAGUAAGAAUUAACAAGAGAGGCUUGUCAGCCUUUGAUGAUAAAAGGUAUUAUUUGAAUACUAAUGAAUCCUUGACUUAUGGACACCCUGAUAUUCCACCAUCUAAACGUAGGAGAAUAGAGUGAUUCCCACGUUGUAUUACCAGAAAUGAAAUGGUUGUAUAAUAAAUAAAUAAUGAAAAUAUUGUGUAUUAGUGUUAUCCUGAAAUGUGAAAUUAUUUGGAUUAUCCUGGGUUAAGAGUGAAAAUGUUUUCCUUAUGUUGUAUAUGAAAUGUGUAGGGGUAAGUCGACAAGAUUCAGCCUGUGUGCGGGGUCAUCACGUGACGUCAUUGACAUAGGGGGAAGUCGACAAGAUUCAGCCUGUAUGUGUGAGGUCAUCACGUGACGUCACUGACCGCCGAGUAAACACACUUUUUAGUUCAUUUAACUUUAAUGAGAGGAAUACUGACGUCACACUUGUUUAGACCUGUAGUAAGAGAAAGUACCAUGCCCCAUAGGAGAAGUUCAUUUGAAUGCUUACCCUGAGAGGGGGGGGAAUCCAAAAACUUUGAUCCGAGGAGAUGGAGUCUUUCGUAUUAUCCAGAAAAAAAAAUUCGAAAAAAUUUGGGAUGGGGGUGAAAGUGGGGGGAAUCCAAAAAACUUGAUCCGAGGAGAUGGAGUCUUGGUAUUAUCGAGAAAACUUGAUCCGAGGAGAUGGAGUCUUUCGUAUUCAGAAAAAAAAAUUCGAAAAAAUUUGGGAUGGGGGUGAAAGUGGGGGGAAUCCAAAAAACUUGAUCCGAGGAGAUGGAGUCUUGGUAUUAUCGAGAAAACUUGAUCUGAGGAAUUGGAGUCAUUGUAUUAUCGAGAAAAUGAAAUUCGAAAAAAAAAUUGGGAUGGAGGUGAAAGUGGG